AUGUCGACUUCAACCCCAGUUCCAGAGCGGUACAAACUAAUCUUCUUCGUUCCCCCAUCCCACCUGGAGCCCUGCAAAGAAGCCAUUUUCGCCACGGGCGGCGGCGCCUUCCCAGGAGGCAAAUACACCAAGUGUGCCUUCCAGACCCGCGGGACAGGCCAAUUCCUACCCAACGAGGGCGCGGAUCCCGCAAUUGGGGAGGUGGGUGCGCUUGAGCAGUGCGAGGAGCUCAAGGUGGAGAUUAUGUGUUUGGGGAGAGAGGUGAUGCUGAACGCAGUCAAGGAGCUGGUGAGGGCGCAUCCGUAUGAGGAGGUUGCGUAUGAGGUUUAUCGGAUGGAAAAUGUGUAG